GUUGUACUGUGUCUCCUCUGUGCGAAUCAACAGAGUUAAUGCUGCUGCUGCUCUACAGACACAAAGCUGUAUUUCCAUCAUUAUUUAAUCUGUACUGCAACCAUAGACCAACCUAACGGAGGAAGGAGAGAGGUAAAAACGGAUGUUGCAUUCUACUCACGUCUUCAUUUCUCCUCGUUUGCCUGGGAAGAGCAAGGAGACCUAGAGAAAGACAGAAAUUAUCACAGGAGAUGAUACUCAAGAAGGAGAGAUCCAACAAGCUUUAAACUCUUUCAUUCCCUUUUUUGUGGAAGCUACUGAAGUCCAUUAGGAAAAGAGUGCAUGUCUCCCUCCAGUUUAAAAAAACUGGAGCACCUGUCUCUACAACCAUCCUGGCACAGGAGAUGUAAAGUUGGAGCUCACUGAAAAAAAAAACAGAUGCAGUGAAGUGGCACCAAGCCAUAACUUCAUCAGGUUUUGGAGGAAGGAUGCUGUGGGUAACCCUGCUAAGCACAAUAGCUUUAGGGUGGACUACACCAAUCCCCUUGCUGGAUGAGUCUGAGGAAAUAGAUGAGCCUUGCUAUGACCCUUGCUACUGUGAAGUCAAGGAGGGUAUUUUUCAUGUUCACUGCGACAGCAAAGGAUUUACAAAUGUCAGUCAGAUUUCCCAAUCAUGGACAAGGCCCUUUAAGCUCAAUUUGCAGAGGAACUCCAUGCGCAAGCUGUAUUUUAACAGCUUCCUGCACCUCAACAAUGCUGUGUCACUCAAUUUGGGGAACAAUGCGCUACAGGACAUUCAUGCUGGUGCAUUCAAUGGGCUGAGCAUUUUGAAAAAGCUCUUUCUACAUGAGAACAAACUGGAGGUGUUCAGAAAUGACACUUUUCUUGGACUUGAGAGCCUUGAAUACCUUCAGGCAGAUUACAAUGUCAUAAAGAAGAUAGAAUGUGGUGCUUUUCGAAACCUGCACAAACUCAGAGUGCUUAUUUUAAAUGACAAUUUGAUACCCAUGCUCCCCAAUUUCUUAUUCAGGGCUGUAUCUUUAACGCACCUUGAUUUGCGUGGCAAUCGGUUAAAGACUCUUCCAUAUAAAGGGAUGCUGGAGUAUGUGGGUCGUAGUCUGAUGGAGAUUCAACUUGAAGAAAAUCCAUGGAACUGUGUGUGUGAGAUUGUACAGCUCAAAACAUGGCUGGAGAGAAUACCCUACACAGCUCUGGUGGGAGAUAUCACUUGCGAAUAUCCAUUUCACUUUCAUGGAAAAGAUCUCCGUGAGAUCAAAAGGAGCGAGCUAUGCCCCCUGCUAUCUGAAGCUGAGAUAGAAGUAAAGCUUGGCAUCCCAAGGCUUCCUUUCAGUCAUGAGAACAUGUGGCCCACCAAACCCUCGUCCAUGUUGUCUUCUUUUCAUAACACUGCCUCCUCAGUGGAGUACAGAGAAAGAUAUGUUAAGCCAACAAAACGUCCUAGACCAACAAAAACACCACCAACUCCACGAAGCCUUUAUCCUGGUCCAAACCAACCCCCUGUACCUGGCUAUCAAACAAGACCACCUAUUCCAAUAAUCUGCCCAACAGGAUGUAUGUGUAAUCUACACAUCAGUGACUUGGGACUCACUGUAAAUUGCAAAGAGAAAGGGUUUCACAACAUCUCUGAGCUCUUGCCACGGCCACUAAAUGCCAGAAAACUCUAUCUGAGUGGGAACUUGAUUCAGAAAAUAUACAGGUCAGAUUUUUGGAAUUUCUCCAGUUUGGAUUUACUCCAUUUGGGCAACAAUCGGAUAUCAUAUGUUCAAGAAGGUGCCUUCAUCAAUCUGCCCAAUUUGAAAAGUUUAUACUUGAAUGGUAAUGAUAUUGAAAGGUUGACUCCAGGCAUGUUCCGUGGUUUGCAGAUGCUAAGCUACCUUUAUUUAGAGUACAAUGUUAUUCGAGAUAUUCAACCAGCUUCUUUCAGCCUAAUGACAAACUUGCAACUAGUGUUUUUGAAUGACAACCUGCUGCGCACACUUCCUGCUGAUGCUUUUGCUGGCACCUCCCUGUCUAGGCUGAAUCUACGCAACAACUAUUUCCUGUAUCUGCCUGUGAGUGGAGUGCUGGAGCACCUUGACUCAAUUGUACAGAUUGACCUGCACCAGAACCCAUGGGAAUGCUCAUGUGACAUUGUUCCACUCAAGCAGUGGAUUGAGAAACUUAGCUCUGUCAUUAUGGUUGGAGAAGUAAUUUGCAAGACACCAGAGUUUGCUUUUGGCAAGGACCUUCGCACCUUGGACCUCGAGCUUAUCUGCCCAGAAAUGAAAUUUUCUGCUGCUUCACCUGGACUUGAUAAUGAUGUCACUUCUACCAGUGACUCUGGAUUAAGACAUGCCCCUUCCACAGGAGCCAUACCACUUUCUGUCCUCAUCCUCAGUCUUUUAAUCUUGUUCAUCUCUGCUGUCUUUAUUGCUGCUGGCCUAUUUGCUUUUGUACUAAGAAGAAGAAAGAAACUCCCAUUUAAAAAACGCCAGGAAAUGGUUGAUUUGACCGGGAUCCAGAUGCAGUGCCGGAUAUUUGAGGAACAACAAACCUCACCCGAGAAACCUGCUUCUAGUCAUGUUUAUGAUUACAUCCCUCACCCUGUUACUCAGAUGUGCAACAAUCCAAUUUACAAACCACGUGAAGGUGAAAUAGAUGAACAACAGUUUUCAGAGGCAAAGGAAAACAGCAGUAAUUAUCGAACUCUUUUGGAGAAAGAGAAGGAAUGGACUAUGGCUGUAUCAAAUUCUCAACUAAACACCAUUGUCACAGUCAAUCAGUCUGGAGAUGUGGCUGGAUUUCAUGAAAAUGGCAUGGUUUUCCCCACGGUGAUUGACAGCCAGAGACCAAAUCCAACCAUGGGGUUUGUAGACUGCCUUUACGGUACAGUUCCAAAAUUAAAGGACAUGCACGUUGCACAUGCACAUCCCCCUGGAAUGCAAUACCCCGACUUGCAGCAGGAUGCCAGAUUAAAAGAAACUCUACUUUUCACCGGGGUAAAGGGAUUUCCAGAAAAAAAUGAAUACCUCGAGUUAAGGGCCAAACUCCAAACCAAGCCGGAUUACCUCGAAGUUUUGGAAAAAUCGUCAUAUAGAUUCUGAUGACGGAAUAAGCUCAUUUCUGGAUAUAUAGCAACCCCAAACUGCGACCACUACAAAAAUAUUUAA